AUGAAGGGAUCAGUUUUUCCUGUGACUUAUGCAAGCAGAAUUAUGCAAAAGCAGCGUUUUCUUCCGACCUGUGACUUGAGGGGAGCACGGCUGGCAGGAUCCCAUGCUGAUGCCCAGGAGCCUAAGACUAAUCCUUUGGUGUUUCUUUCAGAUGAGCCAGAAACACUGUACAAGAGGUUGUCCCUGUUAGUGAAAGGCCACGAUAAGGCUGUGUUGGACAGCUAUGAAUACUUCGCAGUGCUUGCAGCUAAAGAACUUGGCAUCUCUGUUGAAAAAGUACAUAAACCUCCAAAGAACAUAGAACGAUUUACACUUCUAAAAUCAGUCCACAUUUACAAGAAGCACAGAGUUCAGUAUGAAAUGAGAACGCAUUACCUGUGUUUGGAG